CUAUCUGGGCAACACGUAUCACAGUAAAUGCCAGUGAACGGCGAGUAUUCAUUACUACUGCUCUACGGGAACUAAUAUUAUAUAUACUCUUUUUAACACUACUACUGAUAAUUGCAUUGAUGUCACUCAACUCAAUGACAUAUUUCUAUUACACAAGCGUUUACAAACUAUUCGUGUCACAAGAUGCAUCACAAGAAAAUGCUAGACCAUUUCAAAAUAUCAAAGAUCAAACAGCUAUGUGGGCUUACAUUCAAGGCCAGUUACUGGAUGCAUUAUUUUGGGAUACAUGGUAUAAUCGUUUAGAUGUUCCAUUCAAUGAAAGAGAAUUCAUGGGUCAUGACAAUAAACUUUUAGGCGUUGUGCGUCUUCGACAACUCAGAGUAGAUCCACUGAAGUGUAAAACAGAAAAAAUAUGCGAAAUAUUAUUCCAAAUUGUUAUCCUGCUUAUAGUACAAGUGCACGUUAUACAGGUUCAAUAGAAGUACAAGGUAAUAUAAUACCUUAUUAUACAGUUAAAGCUUGGAACUUCAGUGAUGAAAGUGUGACAGGAGCAACCGGUUUUUCUGCACCAUAUGGUUACUACGAUGGCUCAGGUUAUGUACAGGAUCUUUCCAGGUCACGUAACGUAACUGAAGCCAUUUUAAAUGAAUUGUUUCAAGGGCGAUGGAUAGACCAAUCAACUCGUGUUCUGUUUAUUGAUUUCACAGUAUAUAAUGCAAAUGUUAACAUGUUUAUCAUUGUAAAGAUCACAUUUGAAAUACCAGAGUCUGGAGGAAUAUUUGGAAGUUGUGAAAUUCAACCAGCUAGAUUAUUCCGUUACCAAACAACUUUAGAUUAUUUUUUGUUAGCAUGUGAAAUUAUGUAUUUAGCAUUUCUUGUAUAUUACGUAAUUGAAGAGAUACUUGAACUUUCAGUAAAACGUUGGGAAUACUUUUUAAGUGUUUGGAAUCUAAUGGAUGCUGCGAUGAUUACUGUCAGUUUAAUAUGUGCCGGAUUUUUAAUAUACAGUACAAUAAUUGUCGAACAAAAUAUGACUACAUUAAUCAGUGACUUGUCUUCCUAUCCAAAUUUUGAUUAUCUUGGCUUCUGGUAUGGUCAUUAUAUAAGAGCUAUAGCCUUGUGUGUAUUUCUGGGAGUAAUUAAGAUUUUCAAAUAUUUAACUUUUGAUAAUUCAUUAAAUCAACUCACACGUACAUUGAGUACAGCUGCUUACGAUCUACUCGGAUUUUUUAUAAUGUUCUGUAUUGUCUACUUUGCUUUUGCACAACUGGGUUAUUUAGCUUUCAGUGCAAAUACACUUGCGUUUAGUUCAUUUACUCAAACUACAUAUUCAUUGUUUCGAAUAAUGGUUGGUGAUAUCGACUUUCCAUCAAUUUUAGAAGCUCAUUAUGUUUUGGGACCUAUAUUUUUCAUAACCUUCAUUUUCUUCGUAUUCUUCGUUCUACUGAACAUGUUUCUAGCCAUAGUUGAUGAAUCCUAUAGAACAACGAAAGCAGAAUUAAUUAAACAAAAGAAUGCAUUAACACUGGGGCAUAUUCUUAAAAAAAAAGCUAAAGAUAUCGCUAAAAGGGUUCAAAAGAAAAGAUCUAAAUCAAUUGUACGAAUACUGCGUGAAUGUGGACUUAUGGGCCGUGAAAUGCUGCCUUAUGAAUACUUUCGUGAAGCUCUAAAAAGUCAUGGGUACAGUGAUGCUGAAAUUUUUUCGACUUUCAUCAAAUAUGAUGAAGAUGGAGAUAACAACCUGAAUUUAUCUGAGCAACAACAACUGGCAUAUGAAAUUCAAAUGGGGCUCAUCUAUAAAAGUGAAGAUCCAAGUGAUGAGGGAAUUGAUGCAGAUGAAGAUUCAAAUGAAAAUUCAACUAAGUCAACAAAAGACGAAAAUUAUGUGGAUCCUGAAGAUUAUGAAGAACUAGUGCAAAAUGUGGACAUUAUGGAAGCUACUCUUGUUUCAAUUAUAACACGUAUGGAUGAAUUAAUAGCAAGUUUAGAGCAAAUUGAAAUGGCGAAACGUGAACAUAGAAGUCAACUUGGUGGGAUAAUAAAAGAUAUGGCUCGCGGAGUCCAAUUCACAUGAACGCAUAUUUCGAGAAAUCAAUACUACAUAUUGUCUUGUAGCAAUUACAAUAUUCAUUAAUAAUAUUCCAAUCAUGGGUUCAUUUUAGCUGAUCACUCACUACUUAUUAAUGUCAAAUAUUGAU